UUUCUUGUUCUCUACUGAUACUCUCCCUUUGCUUCUUUUAAUCUACUUAAAUAUUCGUUUCGUUCUUCCUCAAUUCAUCAACAAAGAAGUCUUGCAAUACCUUCGCCCUUCCCUAUAUUAAUAGAGAGUUUGAUAUCAGAGCUGCAGUUCGCCGUAUUUCUAUAAAACAUCAACACCCGGAAAAAAAAAAAAAAGGAGGCGAUGUCAGACUGGGGGCCAGUGGUGAUAGCAGUGGUGCUGUUUGUGCUUUUAAGUCCAGGAUUGCUAUUCCAGUUGCCAGGGAGGAGCAGAGUUGUUGAGUUUGGGAAUAUGCAGACAAGUGCGUUAUCGAUAUUGGUCCAUACCAUCAUCUUCUUCGGCCUCAUAACCAUCUUUCUCAUUGCUAUUGGUGUUCACAUUUACACAGGAUAGCCAAAUAAUGCUAGAGAUAUCUCCUUUAUUUUCCUUUUUUACAAAGUUGAUCACCCCCAUAAUCUGUUUCACUGUCUGAAGCAUGAAUAUCUGUUUCAUAGUCUGCCCUGAUGUCUUGUAUUGCGUUAAUUGGGCGCUUGCUUUUCUUUGCCGGUGGUUCUCUUGUUUUUUUUCUUUGAUUUUCGUUGUUGUUAAUUGAUUUAUUUUUCUUGUAAUGAUACUUCAGCCGAUUACCAACUAAAAGUUUAGAUUCUUAUUCUACA